AUGCUGCUAAUUUGGACACUCUCAAUACUGCUGGGGGCAGUGACAGGAAAAGAAAUCUGCUUCCCGCGACUCGGCUGCUUCAGUGAUGACUCCCCGUGGGCAGGGAUUGUAGAAAGACCCCUCAAAAUCCUGCCCUGGGAUCCAAAGGAUGUCAAUACCCGCUUCCUCCUGUACACCAACGAGAACCCAAACAACUUUCAAGUAAGAGCAUUCAUGGAUCCAACAAUUAUCCAGGGCUCCAAUUUCAGAACGGAUAGGAAAACACGCUUUAUUACUCACGGAUUCAUAGAUAAAGGAGAAGAAAACUGGCUGUCCAACAUGUGCAGGAACUUGUUUCAGGUGGAAAGUGUGAACUGCUUCUGUGUAGACUGGAAAUCUGGGUCCCGAACAACGUACACCCAGGCUUCACAGAACAUCCGGAUUGUGGGUGCAGAAAUGGCAUAUUUUGUUGAGGUUCUCCAGUCGGCGUUUGGAUACUCACCUUCUGAUGUCCACAUCAUUGGCCACAGCCUGGGUGCCCAUGGUGCUGGGGAGGCUGGAAGGAGGCUCAAUGGGGCCAUUGGACGGAUCACAGGAUUGGAUCCAGCUGAACCUUGCUUUGAGGGCACCCCCGAAUUAGUCCGAUUGGACCCCAGUGAUGCCAUGUUUGUGGAUGUAAUCCACACAGAUGCUGCCCCUGUGAUCCCCAACCUGGGGUUUGGAAUGAGCCAAACUGUUGGCCACCUAGAUUUCUUUCCAAAUGGAGGAAAACAAAUGCCUGGAUGUCAGAAGAACAUUCUCUCUCAGAUUAUUGACAUAGAUGGGAUCUGGGAAGGAACUCGUGACUUUGUGGCCUGUAAUCACUUAAGAAGCUACAAGUAUUACUCUGAUAGCAUUCUCAACCCUGACGGCUUUGCUGGAUUCUCUUGCGACUCUUACAAUAUUUUUUCUGCAAACAAAUGUUUCCCCUGUCCAAAAGAAGGCUGCCCACAGAUGGGUCAUUAUGCUGAUAGGUUUCCUGGGAAAACCAACGGAGUGGGUCGGAAAUUCUACCUAAAUACUGGUGAUGCCAGUAACUUUGCCCGUUGGAGGUAUAAGGUAACUGUCACACUGUCAGGAAAGAAGGUUACAGGACACAUACUAGUUUCUUUGUUUGGAAAUAAUGGGAACUCCAAGCAGUAUGAAAUUUUCAAGGGCUCUCUCCAACCAACCUAUACCCAUUCCAAUGAGUUUGAUUCAAAUGUAAAUGUUGGUGACCUGCAGAAGGUUAAAUUUAUUUGGUAUAAUAAUGUGAUCAACCCAACUCUACCCAGAGUGGGAGCAUCCAAGAUUGUGGUGGAAAACUUUGAAGGAAGAGUGUUCAAUUUCUGUAGUCAAGAAACUGUGAGGGAGGAGGUUCUGCUCACCCUCAACCCGUGUUAG